AUGGGAGUGAAGGUUGAUGGUCGGCAGCUACACCAUUUGUGCUUUGCGGAUGACAUCGUAUUGAUAACACCUAACACCAGCCAAGCGGAGCGAAUGCUGACCGAAUUCGACGAAACAUGUGGAUGCAUUGGUCUUCAGCUGAAUCUGCAAAAGACGAUGUUCAUGCGGGAAGGUCGGGUCUCGGAUGCCCCAUUCACGCUCAACGGAAGGAACAUAUCCGAAUGCACCAUCUACAUUUAUCUGGGUCGGGAGUUGAACAUGAUGAACGAUCUAACUCCCGAGCUGGCAGGAGGAGACGAGCGGCUUGGGGAGUGUACAAUAGCAUCUAGGAUGUAG